AUGAAUGGCUUUGUGACCACUAGAAUCUGCCUAUACCGUGGCCAUCGAGCAUUCGCAUCGUCACAUUCACCUCUCCAAGGUCGCCCGAACAAUAGCGCUGCAAGUAAGGAGGCCGACUCGGUACAAACGUUGGGUCCGGUCUCGUCGCUGCAACCCGUCCAGCAGACUCGAGAUCAUCGUCUGGCGUCUUCACAGCGACCUGCAGCAUCACACAUACAGCCUGUAUCCCUCCCAGCAACCGCAGAAGCGCUUCGUCGUCCAUUGACAGCCCGCAGAUCGACCACCAACACUUGCGGUUCAUCCGCACAGACCGCGUCGCCAUCUGCUGCCCAAACCUUACUCUGGUCCGUUCGAGCCACUCACUUCGGCGGGGUCUAUUCGAUUCUUCAGCAACCCCUCCACCCCCCGCAAACCUCAAAUACACCGUGCUCCCGGCACCACAGACUGAGAACUAGCAGCCUUCCUCGCCGAUUCUUCUCGACGACUUCGAAAAUGCCUACCGUCUCCCAGCCUCAGACGCCGGCGUCGCUUGACAGUCCCCUGAGAGAUACUCGCCAUCGUCCGGUGGAGCGGCUGACAGACCGUUUGGAAACGCCUUCGCUCGAUGACCGUUCUUACAGGGUUAUACGGUUACCAAACCAGCUCGAGGUACUUUUGGUUCACGAUGCAGAAACCGACAAGGCCAGUGCGGCUAUGGAUGUUAAUGUAGGAAAUUUUAGUGAUGAAACUGAAAUGCCGGGCAUGGCCCAUGCUGUCGAACAUUUACUCUUCAUGGGAACAAAAAAGUAUCCAGUCGAAAAUGCGUAUUCUCAGUACCUCUCUUCCCACUCGGGAAGUUCCAAUGCUUACACCGGAGCUACGUCAACAAACUACUAUUUUGAGGUAGCGGCGAAACGAGCUGAAGAUGCGACGGAAGAAGAAUCUUCGCCUUUGUAUGGAGCUUUGGACAGAUUCGCUCAGUUCUUCAUCGAUCCUCUUUUCCUAGAUUCGACUUUGGACCGAGAACUAAGAGCUGUAGACUCGGAGAAUAAGAAAAAUCUACAGAGUGAUCAAUGGCGUCUUCACCAGCUCGAGAAGUCCCUUUCGAACUCCAGGCACCCGUAUUGCCACUUUUCUACAGGAAAUUUCGAGGUCUUGAAAACUCAGCCAGAAGAGCGGGGAGUCGAUGUACGAAAAAAAUUCAUGGAAUUUCACGAAAAACAUUAUUCAGCCAAUCGGAUGAAGCUGGUCGUUCUUGGGCGGGAGUCACUCGAUGUACUGGAGGGUUGGGCCGCGGACUUGUUCGCAGGUGUACGCAACAAGGAUUUACCCCAAAAUCGUUGGGAGGAUGAGGUACCUUUCGGGGAGAAAGAUUUGUUAACACAAUGCUUUGCAAAACCCGUAAUGGAUUCCAGAGAGUUGGAUUUAUCUUUCCCAUUUGUUGAUGAAGAAAUUCUCUUCGAGUCCCAACCGAGUCGCUACAUCAGCCAUCUGAUCGGACAUGAAGGUCCUGGAAGUAUCAUGGCUUACAUCAAAUCCAAAGGAUGGGCCAAUGGUUUGAGUGCAGGUGCAUAUCCAGUCUGUCCAGGCACACCAGGGAUUUUCAACUGUCAGAUUCGUUUGACUGAGGACGGAUUGAAGAAUUAUCAAGAAAUCGUAAAGGUGUUUUUCGAAUAUGUCUCUCUUCUCAGGGAAACGCCCCCACAGGAAUGGAUAUUCCAGGAGCAAAAGGGUCUCGCCGACGUCGCUUUCAAGUUCAAGCAAAAGACCCCAGCUAGUCGGUUCACGAGUAAGAUCAGUGCGGUUAUGCAAACACCUCUACCAAGAGAAUGGUUACUUAGCGGGCACAGCAGACUGCGGAAGUUUGAUCCAGUCAGAAUCGCAGAAGGUCUUGCUUGUCUCCGACCAGAUAACUUCAGAAUGACUGUAGUGUCUCAGAAAUUUCCAGGCACUUGGGAGUCCAAGGAGAAGUGGUAUGGUACGGAGUAUACAUAUGGGAAGCUGCCAGCAGACUUUGUUGCGGAAAUCAAGAAUGCUGCGACCAGCACCAAUUUAACUAGGUUGCCGGAAUUGCAUCUCCCUCACGUAAAUCAGUUCAUUCCAACCAAGCUGGAAGUCGAGAAGAAGGAGAUUAAAGAACCCGCCAUCUCGCCCAAGUUGAUCAGAAAUGACGACUUGGUAAGGACGUGGUACAAGAAAGAUGAUACUUUCUGGGUUCCAAAGGCAAAUCUUUUCGUCAACUGUAGAAACACCUUACCAAAUGCAACGGCGGAGAACUCUCUGAAGGCUCGUCUUUACACCGACGUCGUAAGAGAUGCUCUGGAGGAGUAUUCCUAUGAUGCCGAGUUGGCUGGAUUGGACUACUCAAUCUCAAGUCACUCUAUGGGUAUUGAAAUUGCUGUUUCCGGAUACAACGACAAGCUUCCUGUUCUUCUCGAGAAGGUGUUGUUGACCAUGAGAGAUCUGGAAAUCAAGCCUGAACGAUUCGAUAUCAUCAAAGAGCGGUUAGCACGAGGAUUGAAGAAUUGGGACUUUCAACAACCAUAUAACCAAGUCGGCGAUUUCACUAGAUGGCUCAACAGCGAGAAAGGUUACAUCACCGAGCAAUUGGUUGCAGAACUACCACAUCUUACCGCGACCGAUAUUCAACAGUUUUAUCCUCAAUUACUUCGACAGAUGCACAUUGAAACCUUUGCACAUGGAAAUUUGUACAAAGAGGAUGCACUAAAGUUGAGUAACCUUAUAGAGAGCAUUUUGAAGCCGAGGGUCUUACCGCAAACACAAUGGCCAGUCUCACGAUCUUUGGUUUUCCCACCUGGGGGUAACUAUGUUUAUCAUAAAACAUUGAAGGAUCCAGCAAAUGUCAACCACUGCAUUGAGUAUCUGUUGUACGUGGGUGAUAAGUCUAUCCGACCACUACGAGCCAAGACACUUUUGUUAGAUCAGAUGACCCAUGAACCGGCUUUUGAUCAACUACGAACGAAAGAGCAGCUUGGAUAUGUUGUUUUCAGUGGUGCGCGAUCAACUUCGACAACCAUUGGCUACAGAUUCAUCAUCCAAAGUGAGAAGACGCCGGAGUAUUUGGAAUCUAGAAUUGACUCGUUCCUUGCUGGGUUUGCGAAGACUCUUGCAAGUAUGAGUGAUUCCGAUUUUGAGGGACACAAGCGAAGCUUGAUUACCAAGCGACUUGAAAAGCUGAAGAAUCUUGAUCAGGAGUCGAGCCGUCUCUGGUCGCACAUUGAUAAUGAGUAUCUUGAUUUCGAGCUUGCCUACGAGGACGCCGCCCAAAUCAAGUUACUUUCAAAAGCCAACAUGAUCGAAUUCUUCGAGCACUACAUCAUCCCCUCCUCCCCCGCACGUUCCAAACUCGCCAUUCAUCUUAACGCUCAAUCAACCAGUACCGAAAUCGAGAACGGUGUAAAAACUCUUGCUCUCAACAAAGAUAAGAAAGACGACGAAGACGGAGAAGUGGUCGAGGUCAAGCAGGAAGGUAAUGGCACCACGCCCUACAUCAUCACGGACGUCCGAGAAUUCAAGUCAAAACUUCAAGUCUCGGCUGGACCGCAACCGGUCAAACAUAUUAGCGAGUUUGAGGAGUUGGAACCGAAAUUAUGA